CCAAUAUCUGUUCAUGGGAUUGGAAGCCAUCUUUCUUCGAGCAUAUCCUUCUAAUCGAGGGGAUGACGGCCUGAGAAAGCAUUUGGGGGGGUGGAAGGGGGGGGGUUACCAUAAGGCCAGUCGAGCGAUUUAUUUAUGUCAAGAGGGACAACCGGCAGAUAUGCCUCAAGCCCAAGAAAACAAACGCCGAAGCUUCGAUAGCAGCACGACGCCUCCAGUGGACUCUGCUGCGUUCGCUCUUACGCCACCCUCGACUGCAGGCGAAGCUUGAGCAUCAGCCGUGUAUUUCGGUCCUUUGGUUCGUCACGCUCUUGUUCCGAAUGCUACCGUGGUCAGGUAGGCGCGCGCACACAAGGGAUGCAUGGUUCGCCUCACUUACACGCCCCAUUUUUCCCCAUGAUGACGAAUGGAAUCACCCUACGCUUAGUACACAGGACAUAGGUAGAUUAUCCACUGCUCUGAUGUUGGUAUGGGUUCUCAUUGACCAAUUUUGCGGUCAACACUCUAUCUGGGUCACUGUUGCAGCAUUCCCCCUGUUAAAGCAUCGAACCUCAUCCUCUUCGCGAGACUGCACCACGCAUCUACGCCCGAGUUAUUCAUAUAUCUGCUCGUCCAAUAAUCCCUCCAGGGAUCGAUGUUCCUUCAGGGAUCGAUGUCCUUCCUUUUUCACCCCUGUGACUUCGUUAGUUACUCCUACCAAUGGAAUUCUCGAUCAGCCAGGGGUGCACGUUUCCUGCGCCGAGUCCCGACAAGAGCUUGAAGAGCUAAGGAAACGAAUCGCCGCUAACCUAUUUUCGAAUGCCACCUCUCAUUCUUAUCCAGUUCAGGCUCCUCGGCUCGGGCUUACGAGCAUCUUCACCGCGUCAGCUCAAGACGUCGACUCGCGUUAGCCAAAUGUCCGGUCGAUGCCCCCCCUCUGAUCCGGCCCCGGAUCGGGAAAUCACACCACAUGUUAACUACCCAGGUCGGCCAUCGGCGCCCUAUACUUCCCUACAUGCGACUCUUGGCAGCGUCCUGAUAUAG